AGAAACACCGAAGUAGCUAGCAGCUAGUAUAGUCUAGCAACAUCAGCCUAGCUAUCAAGCAAGAGAUCCAGAGGGCUCAUCAACACAGAUAGAAGAAGAAGAAAGUUAGCAGGGCGGAGAGAGAUAGAGUCCCACCAUGGCCAUGGAGUUCGCAACAGGAGCAAUGGGCACCCUCCUCCCCAAACUGGGGGGGCUGCUCCUGGAAGAGUACAACCUGAAGAAGAGCGUGAAGAAGGGGAUUGGUGAUCUCAAAAAAGAGCUCGAGAGCAUGCAGGCAGCCCUCGUGAAGUUGUCCAGCGUACCGUUGGACCAGCUUGACCAUCAGGUCAAGAUCUGGGCUAACGAGGUCAGGGAGCUAUCGUACGCCAUCGAGGACAGCCUCGACUCGUCCAUGGUGCGCAUCGAGGGUCUUGAGCAAACAAAACCCAACAUUGUGGGUUUCUUCAAGAAGACCCGCAACAAGAUCACGAAGUUCAAGGCUCGCCAUGAAAUAGCAAACAACAUCAAAGACAUCGAGUGCAAAAUUAUGAAGGUGAAGGAACGGUAUGAGAGGUACAAGAUCGAUGAUGUUAUUCCUAAUCCUGGAAUAACUACAGUUGACCCUCGUCUCUCAGUUCUUUAUCGCAAGGCCUCAGACCUUGUUGGUAUUGCCAAGGCAAUCGAUGAUAUAGGGAAGAAGUUGUCCAUGGCCGAUGAUCCAUCUGAGAAAAAGGCCACAACAAUCUCCAUUGUUGGAUCCGGAGGUUUGGGCAAGACUACCCUUGCUAAAGCAGUUUAUGACAAGCAUAGCAAGAAAUUCGAUUGUGCUGGUUUUGUGCCAGUGGGUCGAAAUCCUGACAUAAAGAAGGUUCUCAAGGAUAUCAUCUUUGAAUUUGACAUGCAAAUGUAUAACGCUGCAUCGACCAUGGAUGAAAGGCAACUCAUCAAUCUGCUGCAAAAAUUCCUUUUGGACAAGAAGUACGUGUACCACUCUCCCUCUUGUGCUAGUCAAUAA